AACAGGGCAUCAACAUUGUCAAUUGGAGAGGCUUGGAGCUGCUUCGAUGCCCACAGUAGAGCAAACAAGAAGGCAUCAAUUCUAGAAGCUUGCAGAACCGUCGCCCGUGCAGAUGGAGAACCGAAAGAAUGCCGGCCUCAGGAAGAGGAAGCUUCCGAACAAUGGGACGGUGCAGGAGGAGCCUGAUAUCAAGAAGAUGUGCCAAGCCCUGAAGGAGAUGGAAUGUGAGCUCCAGAACCUCCGGGACGACAACAACCAGCUCCGCGACGAGCUCCUUGGCAAAGACCGUCAGCUUGCGGAGACACGGACAGUUCUAGUUGACAGGGAGCACAAGCUUUCGAACACCCAGGCACUUCUAGUUGACAGGGAGCAGCAGCUUGCGGCCCAGACACUUGUUGUUGACACAAAGGAGUUUGAAACUGAAAUUUUAAGGCUUAAGCGUCUCUUGGCUGAGAAGAAUGACACAAAUAAUCAUGCAGCUCUAGUGUCUGCUGAGACAACAACUGAAUUCAUGCAGAAGCAAACUCCAGUUUCACCUGCAAGGACACCAGUGUCAAACAGAACGAACACAGUCCAGUCCAGUGUGAAAGCCAUUGCCCACCAUGGUAGCUUUCAGGAUGAAGCUAGAGAGGAUUGCUGUAGAAGAGGUGUUUGCAGCUCAGGGAGUGGGACAGAUGAAAGUUCUCGUUCUUGUGUGUACCAUAUGCUGGUUGAAUCUUUAGUUGGCAUGAAGUUUUCACUGAAGGAUGAAGCAGAAGGACUCUCACUUUCAAUCUAUCAUGAAGCUACUGGUUAUGAUUUCAGCCUUACAUGGUUGGAGCAGCCUGAUGGCGGUGAAUGGGCCUACAAAUACUCCUCACUGGGCACCCUGGAGGAGAUGGCUUUGAAGUGGAUGAAAGUGCAGGACAUACGGUUCAGCAUGGACAUGUUCCCCAUGUUCUUCGAGCGGAUAUCGAGCCUCCUCAGGCGAGGCCGAUGAAUGAUCGCCGUGACUUGAUACUUUAGAGCUCUAGAUAGAUGUGACUUGACUGAAACUGAUCGACUGUUGGCGGAACGAACUGUCCUUUGGUAUCUUGGGAGGGCCGAAGAUGGGUUGGGCCUGUUCCUUUGGCUACUGAAUCUUGGGACCUGUACUGCAUAGUUAACGAGCGAGGCAAGACUGUGGCUGAUAUCUGGGAUGGCCAACGGGUUAGGCGCGCCGUUAGGAGGAACCGUAACGAGUUGAUGCAACGGUGGCAUGAGUUUGAAAGUAUUGCUCGGAUCAUCGUGUUUACUGGUGAUGAAGACCGGAUUGUUUGUCAAUAUGUGGCUAGUGAUUGUUUUCUCUUCUAGUAGUUCUCUUUAUAAGAUUAUUAUCAGUUUUGGGGGGUCACCCCAUUUCAUUUGCCUGCUGUUUGGAAGAUUAAUUAAGGCCCCUCCUGAGAUCCAUUUAUUCGUAUGUUUUUUGGCUCUUGCGCGGAAUAAAAUCAUGACCAGGAAUGACCUUGGCAAGAGAAACAUGAAAAGAAAAAGAAAAAGCCUUUGUAGA